GGACGAAUCCCGCAAAAAGUGGAGCACUGCUACCGUCACAGACAGAUAGCAGCUCAAGUGGUAGGGACGAAUCCCGCAAAAAGUGGAGUACUGCUACCGGACUCUCGUGAUCCCCAGUCAUCUAUGGGAGCGUCACGUCAUCGGCCAUUAAUGUUACGACCAUCAAAAGGGAAUCUGAUGACGAUCACCUCCCACUGAUAAAGAGACUAACGGGAACUUUCAAACCGGGUGUUCCAAAUUCUCCCAAUAACCAUUCUGACAAUGGAAUGAAACCCUAUGGGAAGCCCGGCGACACAAAGAGCCAAGCGCCCCGCCAUUGUAUGCCGCAUAUCCAACGGUGGGGCUUUUCUCGUUUUCAACGUCCUAUUGAUCGUCACGAUUUCUGGGUCCGUUUUCCAGACGAUACAAACCAUCAUAGACAAUCCGACAGCAGUCUUUGAGAUCCUGGCCCGCAGUAUCCCCGGCGUUUCAACCUUCUUCGUCAACUACGUAAUUCUCUUGGCCCUUUCUGGUCCAGCUGGUGAAUUGCUCCAGAUUGCGAACCUGAUUUUAAAGCCAUUGAAGCUGAGGUUUCUCGCGAGUACUCCUCGGGCCAUUUGGAGGCAAUCCCAACCACUGGUGUACUUAUCGGGCGUCCCCAUGGCGAGCCAUUCCUUCAUUGCGACUGUUGGAGUGACGUACAUGACAAUCGCGCCGCUCGUUUCCAUAAUGUGUUUGAUGUACUUUGGGUUUUGGUAUCUCGCUUACAUGAACCAGAUGCGUAUAAGCAGGUCGAUUCCGCCUCUCCCCCCCACACACAAAGCUUUCUCGUACUCCAGAACUCACUUUAACGUUUGCUUCUCUUGCUCUCUUGCAACCAUGUUUGAUGCGAACACUGCUGUUGAGGACGUGCACUCUGCCCAGUUUGAUGAAUUAUUGCAAUACCUCAAACAACACGGUUUAGAAAAGCUAACAGGAAUCAAAAAAAACAAUCAUGCAAAUAAGAAGCGGUUAGGAGAAAUGGUGCUCUUUUUUUUGGCUGGCCAAAAGCAUAUGCAAGAGCGUGGGGAUGUUGCAGACAAAGACACCUCCUACAACCCCAACCCCAUUUCCACCUCCACCGUUGAUGGAGCCGAAGCCGGCGGCACAAUGUAUCAAGAAGGACAGAAACGCAGACAAAGUGACGGAGGUACUAAUGACGGAGCCCACGACAUUCAAGAACCAAAGAGUACAGAGGACCAAGCAGUACAAACCGAGACCGUUCCAGAUGACAAAUAUAAGACAAUAGUUGAUGCAGUUGUGCCGCAAUGGCAUAAACUAGUGCUCGCCGGCUCCAACAGAAGAAUUUUUUUAUGUUUCGACAACCGCGUUCCAACGUCCCUUCGAAGGCCGCCAAGAUAUGCGUUCACCUUCAAACAACCUUUCGCAUGCCGGCUAAAAUAUUUGCUGGGGAAUCAUUUUUCGCUUAUGGAACUACCAGUCAGAUCAAACUUUUACGCGAGAGGUUCUACGUGGAGGGGGUUUAUGUCUAGUUAGCUUUGUUUUUGUCUUGUUUUGUUUUUGUCUAGUUAGCUUUGUUUUUGUCUUGUUUUGUUUUGAAAAGACAAUCUUUCCUUCUUUUUACUCGCCACAAUAUUCAACCAUUCCUGGGUUUGCA